AUGUCGUCAAAGUUGGGAUUCGGAGCUAUUUUCAAUAGCUUUUUUGAAAGCUAUAAAUCAAGAACACCACAAAAGUUAAAAAUCAUCGAUCUCUUCUUGGUAUACGCAUUCUUGACUGGUGUCAUUGUUUUCGCAUAUUGUUGUUUGGUUGGUACUUUCCCAUUCAACUCGUUCUUGGCUGCCUUCAUUUCAUGUGUUGGUACUUUUAUUUUGACAGGUAUUAAAAUGAGUAAAAAGUACGAUAAAUUAGGUGAUAUUGUAUUCAGCAAAGUUGAUAAAAUUAAUGCAGAGUUGUUUACAUUGACAUACGGUGCAUUGGUAACACAACUUAUUAAAGACUAUGAAGAUAUCGAUCAAGUAAAUAUUAAAUUGGAGCAGAUGGGAUAUAAUAUAGGUGUAAGAUUGAUUGAAGAGUUCUUGGCUAAAUCUAAUAUCGGUCGUUGCUCUGGCUUCCAAGAGACAGCGGAAGUCAUUGCCAAGGUUGGAUUCAAGAUGUUCUUGGGUGUGACCUGUCAGAUCAGUGAUUGGGAUGCAGAGAAGAAAGAGUUUCACUUGAUCAUCGAAGACAACCCACUCAUCGACUUUGUAGAACUACCAGAACACUUGAAACACAAACUCUACUAUUCAAACAUAUUGUGUGGUGUGAUCCGUGGUGCACUAGAGAUGGUUCAAAUGAAAGUCAAAUGUACAUUCGUCAAGUGUGCACUCUCUGACGAAUCUGCAUCAGAGAUCAAAGUUGUUUUAGAGGAAGUACUCUCUGAUAUGGCUCCAGUUGGAUAUGACUAA